AUGACCAAGGAGUCGUGGCAGGACAAGACGUGGGACGAUCUGAUUGUUGUGGAUGGACGACGGUUCCCUGUCGGUGGACAGGCUCCAAGGACCCGGCUGCAGUUUGAGUGCCCCCUUUUCCGAACCACGUUGGAAUCCCUCCUACAUGCCGGGCGCGGCAUCGUCAUGCUAGAGGACACGAUCGAUCGCAUGGUGGCCGACAGCGAGCGCCUUACGGCCUUGAUGGAAGGACACAAUGCCAGGGAGCAACCGGAACACAAAGUCAACUAUGAACUGGCCUGUAUGAUCAUGCUCACCAAUGGCGCGAUCGAUCGUGGCCGGGCAGAAAAGCACUACCUCAUCAACAGGUUCGGGGAGAUCCAAGACGAACUUGAGACGCUAGCCAGUUGGGGGGAGAGGGCGGUGAUAGGACUCGACGAGGUCCCAGACUGGGACAUGUUGAGCAGCAGCGACGGUAUGAUCGACGAGCAACCUGACGUUGCCAUGGCUGCGAGCAGCGGCCAGAAACACCUGAUAAUGUCUUGA